UUCCAGUAAAUUUUCAAAGUGAAGCAAUAGAAGAAACGACAAUGGUACCUUCAAGUAACACUAAUUCCAAACAGCUUACUAUCGAUAUACCCAACGACAGGUUAUAUGGAAACUCUGGGAACCUACUCCCGACCAUACCUUCAACAAAUCAGUACACAGGGAAUCUGAUGAACCAAAACCUGAUACAAGCAAUGGUGCAGACAACAACCGACGAAAGAUCGCAAAACAUUUCUCCAACACAUCAGAUGUACAGUGUUCAAGAAAUAGAAAGACAUACUAGUUCUUGUGAGGAAGACUCUGACAGAUCGUAUGAAAGUGCCCACAAUGAAGUAAACAGCCAAGUGUCACUAGAAAGCAGAAACGAAGUUAAACUUGCAUCAUCGUCCAAUUGCUUAAAUAUUUCUCCUACCAACACUUCAUCUACAAUUAAUCGUGUUGGCCAAUCUAUAAACAUUAAAAAACAGAAGAAGAAUAGAACAACUUACUCACCAAGCCAAGUACAAGUGUUUGAAAGGGCUUUCCAAGAAAAUCCGUACCCAGAUUCUGCUAAAAUUGAAACUUUAGCAAUAGAUUUAAACAUAGAAGAACAGAAUGUCAAAAUUUGGUUUCAGAAUAAAAGAGCCAGAUGUCGUAAACGCGCCCAAGAGAAGCCCCACCAGCAUGCAUUGCCACACAUGUCUCCGAUGAUGCCACCAAUGGGGCCGUAUGGCAUGUUGCCACCUUAUCACCCUAUGUUGAACGGAUCACCGGCUAAUGCUAUGCCACAUCCUUUUUUCUAUUCGGGAUAUCCAUUUGGAAUGAACCCUCACACUACUGCUUCUCCAGCCACAUGUAGUCAACAGUUGCCAGGCAUUCGACUAGAUAAUCGCUUUGGAAGUUCACCAACUUCAUCUCCUUCAUCUCCAAAUUCAUCGAUAUCAUCGCCGAAUUCGUCUGCUGGAGAAAGUCCCGAAACAACAAGACAAAUAUCACACAUGCAUCCCAAUAUGCUACACUUGAAGCAAUACAUGCCGUUGUCUUAUCCAUAUGGAAUGUGCCCGCCAUUUCAUUGCUGAGGAUGUUGAAUUAAACUACUUAAAGCAAAAU